AUGGUGCUCACCAGCUCCUUACCUGAGCCUACUCAGCUACCUCAGGACCAACUUGGGGCUGAAGAAAAGGCAAGAUCUGAGAGAUCACUGCAGACCUCGCUGCGGUCCUCCAGAAUGGAGCCUCCCGGAUAUGGAUACAGGAAAGACUGGAUUCCACGCUCCUUAGAGGAUUUUGGAGACGGAGGUGCUUUCCCAGAAAUCCAUGUGGCCCAGUAUCCUCUGGGUAUGGGGAGAAAGAACAAAACGUCGAAUGCACUGGCUAUUCAGUUGGAUCAUGAAGGGAAAAUUAAGUACGACGCAAUUGCUCGACAGGGACAGUCCAGAGACAAGGUCCUUUACAGCAAAUACACUGACCUCAUUCCAAAGGAGGUUAGAAAUGCCGAUGACCCAGAACUGCAGAGGCCCGAUGAAGAGACCAUUAAAGAGACCACAGAAAAGACAAGAGCAGCCUUGCACACGGGACUGUCGAGGAAGCUUGGUGCGGCCACACCAGUUCCUGCAGCUGGCAAGCUGGCCUCUCCUCAGCACAUCCUCUACACACCAUCUCAGCAAGGAGGAGCCUUCAGUUCUGGAGCUAAGCAGAGGCUUAUUCGCAUGGUAGAAAUGCAGAAAGACCCAACGGAGCCUCCGAGAUUCAGGAUUCAUAAGAAACUUCCUCGGGGGCCGCCUUCUCCUCCAGCACCUGUAAUGCACUCUCCUACACAGAAGAAGACUGUGAAAGAGCAGCAGGAGUGGAAGAUCCCGCCCUGUAUCCCCAGAUGGAAGAACCCCAAGGGUUAUGCGAUUCCAUUGGACAAACGGGCGGCUGCUGAUGGAGGAGGGCUGCAGCCUGUACAUAUAAAUGCAAAGUUUGCCAAACUGGCUGCAGCGCUCCACAUUGCUGAGCAGAAGGCUCGUGCAGGGCUGCAAAUGCGAGCCCAGUUGCAGGCAAAGAUGGCUCAGAAAGAAAAGGAGAAACACGAAGAGAAUCUUAGAGAAAUGGCCCAGAAAGCCAGAGAGGGGAGAGCUGGGAUGAAAUCCCAUGUGGAAAAAGAGGCUGGAGAGGCCCGGGAAAGGGAUGAAAUCCGUCAGGACAGGCGAAAAGAGAGGCAGCAGGACCGCAACCUUUCCAGGACAGCGCCAGGGAAGAGGUCAAAACCACCGAGAAAUGAGAAUCGAGAUAUCAGUGAGGCCAUUGCCCUUGGAGUGCCCAAACCUCCUCCUUCCAAUGAAGUCCAGUAUGACAUAAGGCUCUUCAACCAAUCCAAGGGUAUGGACAGUGGGUUUGCAGGUGGAGAAGACGGAGUUUACAGUGUUUAUCAUCAGCCCUGGAGAAGUGGGAAAGAUGUGGCUCAGAGUAUCUACAGGCCCGGUCAAAGUGUGGACAAGGACUUAGACAGCGGUUACCUCGAAGCCAGGAUCCAGACCAACAGAUUCGUUCCAGAUAAGGUGUUUUCUGGGUCAGACCUUACACAGAGGGGCCGAGAAGGACCAGUUCACUUUGAGGAAGAUCCUUUUGGUUUGGACAAGUUUUUGGCAGAAGCAAAACAGUACCCUGCUGGUUCUAAAAGAUCCUCUGAGAGCAGUCACCCUGAGGAGCAUGAGCAUGAAGGCAAGAAGCUGAGGAAGGAGUAG